UUAUUGGAGCGAAGGGACCCCUGGGCACCUUGGAGUUGCUGACCAAUGACGGCAGAUCAGACACUUAAAAAGAGAGAAAGAAAAACUGGCUCUUUGCUGCUCGCCUCUCAAAGACCGAGCAACUGCAACAAACAAGCUUGCACGUGGAAACAAUCUCGGUCGCUUGGUGUUCAUGAAGUCGGGGCCUCGAGCCCUGCAGGGAGAGAGGGCUGGUACCGAAGGCGCUGAAGUGCUGGCUACUGCCUGCCUUGAAGCAACUAGUUGCUGGCUGACCGGACGCCGGUGAGGGGCGGGGGCGUGGGGAGGCAAGUUAUAAAUGGCGGGAAGGCGGCCAGGAAGGGAAGCCAGCAAGCGAACAAGGAGGCGGAGGCGCAGACGCGAAAGAGCAUGAACGCGGCUGCGUGGCUGUUGCUGAGCGCGGGGCUGAACUUAGGCAUCUCUGAGGGAGAAGCUCGGCCGUCCAUUGAGUGUUACGAAGAAAAUGGGCCUUCUAUUGAGCUGCUGAAGGAGCACGAAUUUGUACCAUCAGAUAUUUCUGGCCUCGAUGCAAAGAUCAUUGAGAGGCGGGGAAAGUGCAACUUUAAUAUAACCUGGAGCCUUGGUGUAGACGGCAGCAUUAUAUUCCUGAAUGCCUCCAAGAUAUGUUUGCAGAAGGAAGGAAGUCGAAGCUGUAUUAGAUGUGAUUACACAGAAAGGUUUCAAAACCAAACCAUGCUCAGUGGUGAAAAAUGGCAGUUCUACUAUAUUGGAUUUCCAGUAGAUGAAAAUAAUGAAUACCACAUUGAAGUUUUCAACCUACCACCACCAAAUCCAGGUCUUGAUCCUCCUAAAAAACACAUAAAACGAUUUUCUCCAGGUUGUAAAGACAGUGUGUUAAAAUACUGUAAAACUUGCAUAGAGAAAGGAAGCUUAUGGGCCCCAAAUAUAACAGUAUGCCACAAGAAGUCAGAAGUGGUAGUGAACUUUACAGCAAGUCCCUUUUGUUCCAAAUAUGUAAUCCGCCUUCAUGAGCCUGAUCCAUCAGGUGACCUGUAUGAUCAUAUCGUGGUUACCAAGGGGAAUGAUACUAGAAUUUCUGAAAAAAUAUUGUUGACUGAUCAAAGCAACAGAACCUUUAAAGAGCUAAUUCCUCGUUUUCCACUAUGCGAAGGCCAUUGCCCAAGACAUGCAGAGCAUCAGGAGCUGUGUACUGAAGAACCUGCAGAUGUCUCAACAGAUUUUGUAGGCAAUUACAUAAUUAUUUGUUGCCUACUUGCUUCCUUAUUUCUGAUAGUAUGCAUGGUUGCUGCUCUACUGCAUUACAAGAGGAAGUAUGGUGCAGGUAGAAACUGGGCUCUUUCUCCACUAAUGCAACAUAUACCUGCUACAAUCCUUGUUGUAUAUUCCCAAGAAGUAUGUUUUCAGCAUACUGUCCUUGCUUUUGCUGAAUUUCUACAUGAGUGCUGUCAUAGUAAUGUCAUUAUAGAUGCAUGGCAAAAACUGAGAAUUGCUGAAAUGGGACCAGUACAGUGGCUUGCAACUCAGAAAGAAAUUGCUGAUAAAAUUAUUUUUCUCAGUCCAAACAAUGCAAAUCCUGCAUGUGAUUCGACUUGCGAAACUGUAGACAGCCACAGUGGGAACUCUGAAUGUAUGUUCAAGUUUGCAUUUAACCUUUUUUGCAGUGACUGGAAAAACCAGUCUUCUCUCCAUAAAUACAUGGUGGUUUCUUUAAGUGAAAAGAAUCCAACGAACAGUCUCCCAAGUCCUUUGAAUAUUUGUCCAAAGUAUGUCCUAAUGAAGGAUAUUGAUUCCUUUUGUAGAGACCUUUCAGAGCACAAAGUAUAGUGAAGUACAAAGUUAAAGUGUCAGAUCUGUCUUUGAUGUGUCCAAAUGUUCCACAGAAUAAAAUUCUGAAACUUUUCAUUUCCUCACCUUGCUCCCAGAAGUGCAUUUAGUCAUCAUCCCCCCCCCCCCCGGCUGAGUCUAAGCCUUAGGGGCCUAAUGCCUUUUGUCCAUAUUCUCCCAUAUUCUCACCUUGCUCAGCUUGCUCCUGCAUCUGGGAGACAGGGAGUGUGACAUAAGUUGCAAGGAAUUUCCCUCAAACUUUAUUAACUGUUAACCAAAGAAGAGACCAUUUGAGAUUCCACAUAAUCACAACCUGACACACACACGACUCAUGGUUUCAGUCCAUUCUGCAAUGUUUAUACAAUACGGCAGUCAGUGACCUACUACUGGACCUUCGGCCUUGAGAUGAGAGGACAAGAAAAGAGAUUCACUAUGACUGUUAGUAGAUUGUUGCAUUCCUGGGUGAUUUUAUCAAUUGGGAAAUUGAAAUCCUGUUCGUGUCUGUCUCUUGUUCUGGACAUUACUCACCCUGGUACUGUUGGGAAUUCCAUUCCACCCUUACUGCAGAUAUGUGGGAUUAUGACAUGUUCACAUGUCUGUUUACAUUCCAGCACAGAUUGCUGGAGUCCCAUGAGCGGAACAUCUGCUCUGUAUUGCUUUUGUUUUUCUCUCUCCAAGAAGAAUGAUAAGAAGAAAGGCCAUGUUUUUCUUUGUCCUGAUUUAUGUAUAAUAAAUGCAUAGUAUAGUACAGUA